AUGACCUUUUUGCCUCAAGACUCAAUCACAAUGGAUAUUUACUACUCAUUGAAUCCUGACCCAGGUAGACGCUUUCGCGCACAACUGGUCGGGGAUCUUCGGAUUCGCCUUUCCACCGUGCAACCUGAUCGGACGAGUUCUCCGGAAGGCAGUCAGAGACGGUGCAACGUUGAUUCUCGUCACUCCUCUCUGGAGAAGCCAGACUUGGUUUCCUCUGCUUUUGAGACACGCAGUGGAACAACCGGUCUGGCUGAAAUGCAGCGCACGUCCGCUCCUGUCCAAUGCUCAAGGACAAGGACAUCCUCUGCUAGCACAGAAGAACUUCGCGUUGCUAGCCUGGAGGAACUCGCCAAAUCUUGGGCCGCUGCGGGAUGCAACCAGCAGACGGUUGAUACUAUCCUGGCCAGCUGGGCUCCAAAUACUAGACGGCAGUAUGCCUCUCUGAAUAAGUGGCACAUCUACCUCACACAGGUAGGAACCGAACAAGCUGCUGCUAACCACAUAACCCUCUGUAAUUUUCCAGCCUCGCUGGCGGAUAUGGGAAUGAGCUAUUCAUCUGUUGCAUCUCAUAAGGCGGCUGUUGCCACUAUCUCAGACUUGCUGUUUGGGACCUCCUGGGGAGAAGAUCCCCUCGUGGUGAGAUUCAUGAAAGGCCUCUUCCGUGCCAACCCUCCGAAGGCCAAAUAUUCCUCUACGUGGGACGUAGACAAGGUCUUAAGCUACAUAAUAAAUCUCGGUGAAAAUUCACUGCUGUCCCUAAAGCAGCUUACCCUCAAGCUCACUAUCUUACUUGCUCUGUGUUCCCCUAAGCGGGUGUCAGAGAUAGCUUCCUUUUCCCUGGGGAGCCUCCAGAGGAGCGCUCAUCGCUGGGUGUUCUUUAUCGACUAUCGAAACAAAAACCGCAGGUACGGUCCACCCCAGUCAGCCGUGUACGAGGCAUACGAAGACAACAGUCUCCUCUGUCCUGUCGAGACCUUACAGCAAUACCUCGCAGCAACGGAAGCAUUCCGCGGUCGGGAGAAGGCACUCUUACUCUCUUACGCUUCACCUCACAGACCAAUCUCCGCGGCCACCGUAGCUAGGUGGAUUAAGACGGUACUAGUUGAAGCCGGGGUAGGAGGUGACUUCUCAGCUCAUUCAACACGCUCCGCAGGCACAUCCAAAGCAUACAACCACGGCGUGUCCUUAGAGACAAUAAUGAAAGCGGCCGCGUGGGCUCCAGGGAGUUCAACCUUUCGCAAUUUCUACCAGAGAGAGCCUUUGCGAGACUCCUAUCAGAAAUCGAUCCUAAGGUGA